AUGGCUGAUCGCGGAACCCAGAAUGUUCAGCGCCUUAACGGCACCGUCGCUGCGAUCGAAGACCUCCAGCGCACGUCCGAGAAGCACCAGGCAAGCUCAUCGAAGGUGAUACUCGUUCUCUGGGAGGCCGUUAAGGCACUGCAAGAGGAGUUGAAGAUCACGACCGCAAGAUUGGUGUUCGUGGAGUCGGUGAUAAAUAUUGAGGAGGAGAACCGGGUGGAGGGAGACGGAGAUGAGGGGGCAGAGGCGGCGCGCGGGAGUACGGGUACGGGUGAGGCGUCGGCAGAUCCAGUCCAGGCUAGCAUCAACGCCGCAACCCAGCAAAGCAGGGAGCUGGUAGAUGGCAAGAUAGUCAAGGAUGUCGUCAAUGCUACAUAUAUGCAUCUCCUCGGCAUUUCAGCCCUGGCGAAGAAGAACAUACCAGGAUAUCCUCAGGCGAAUGAGGAAUGGCCGACAGACGCGGCAACCGGCAGGAGGCUCUUGAGGUUCAAGUGGAAUGUAUCUGUUAAAGAUCCUGUCAACGCGGUCGGUAUCGCAACUGUCAAGGACACUAUCCGGGCGUCAGGGGCGGAGCGCGAUCGGGACUGCGCGCCCUACCUACCGAAGAUCUUGGAUGCCCACCUGCUGGACCGGAUCGCGACAAAGUUUCACUACAUGGCCAAACAACACAAGAACUAUCAGACACACGACGCACCAUCCAACAGCGUAGGAGAUGGAGGAGAAGGUGGCCAUGGCGAUGACGAUGGUUUUGGGGGAGAGAGGGAGGAACAGCGAGAGGGUUCUGAUGGGGAGGGAGAGGUGGUGCGGAUGCAAGGAGCUGGACGACGUGCACGGGCAGUAGCGGUUGCUGCACAGCGGCAGAGAAAAGCAAAAGGCACGGAAUGGGGCGACCCCAAAUACGCAGCGGCGUUCGUGGUCAACGCACAGUCGGACAACGAAGACGAGUAUAAAGAUGGCGAGCGGCCUGCCGGCACCCCAAUCCGAUUCCGACGUCGCAGGCCAGGAUGGCGCAGUGCUCUGCUCCAGCGGCUCUAUCAGGAAGUGGACGCUAGAAAAGAUCCUGCUCCUGAUCAGGCUCGAAUGAUGGUCGAGCGGGUGCUGGGUGCUGACCUGGAGAAGAUCAAGCCGCCGAAAGCUCAGUUGAAGUAUCGUGUGCGCGCUUGGAUGGUGAAGGACGAGAUUUUGCAGGCUAACCCCGACUGGAUGGAGUCACGACGAGUUGCGAGGAAUGGGAAGCUGUGGGGAGAUGAGGAGGAUCCAGUGGAGGACCUGAGGCUGCGCACACCCGUGUUGCCGCGGUUACUGAUUGUCACGGACGUUGGACAGACGCCCCUUUUUGCCGCCCAUUCCCCUCCCCUUGACGCCCACCUUCCAUUUUCGGACCAUUUCCUUUCUUAG